GGAAGGUGGUGAAAAUGGCUGUCUGUCUUGCCAGGCAAGAAGUUGCAGCACAUUUGGGCCAAUAUGCGCGCCGCUGCACUCUCAAAGCCCAGCCAAUGGUGUGCUGUAGUGCAUUAAUUGGAAAGAGCAACGUCCCAUCAGUGAGCUCAUCUGCUAAAACCAGCAGUAGUGUCAUACAGAGGAGAACUCUCUUUGGCUCUUCCAAGAUCCCACAGCUGUCUAAUAUCCUCAGCCGCUCUGGGAAGGAGUUGCAAGAUGUGGAGGAAGAAGAUGCAGAUGAUUACAGGGAACGUUUCAUACCUGUGACCAGACUGACAUUACACCGUAUGCUGCUCCAAGAGCCAAACUUUCUCACAGACCAGGAGAAAAAGAUGUACAAUGAGUUUGCAGAUGCCCUGGACAGUGCUGUGGACAACAAAUACAAAGGGACCCUCAGGGAGCUCAAUGCCAUCUUUGAUCCAAUUAACCCAGACAAGGACACUUUAGUCUCCAAACAGCUGAGCAAGAAGCAGAGGAUGGACCAGGAGUUCUACUUGCUUCAGAAGCUGGCUGAGGUGCUGGAAACUGCCAACUUCCAUGAGCUUCCUAGACCUGUUGUGGAGAGAGCACUGGAAGAUAAGAAUACUGCUGCCAAAGUCAUGGUUAGUGUGGAUCCCACUAAGUAUGACGUUCUCCGUUUCUGGGUUUUGGGCAAGGAAUUUCCACCACCAGAUGUCUCCUGGUACCAGUCCUUACUCAACCGGCUCAGGGGUCUGCCCCAACCCAAACCAGUCGAAUACUACAAGCGCGUCCUGGUCGCAGUGCGCCACAAACGCGACCAGAAAGUCAUGUUGAAAUUCUUCAAGGAAGUUCCCAGCAACUCCCUGGAGAAACUGCUGCCCGAGGGCAAGAUUUACAUGACCAAGUUUGACCAGGGAGUCUUGCUGACCAUGGGGAGUACGGCUGCUGUUGGGAUACUAAUUAAAUUGGUCACUUGGAUGGCAUCCAUGGAAAUUAACUGGUCACUGCUUUUGACCGGUGUCACUGGACUCAUUGGUGCCAGGGUGUAUGGGUUGUACAAGGACAGAAGAAAUGCGUACCUGGUGGAUCUGAACCGUAUGUUGUAUUUUAAGAACAUUGCUAAUAACAGAGGGGUGCUGAGUCUGUUGGUAGAUAGAUCCUGUGAUGAGACUUUCAAGGAGGUUCUUCUAACCUAUACAUACUUAUUGACUACAAGAGCGCCAUCUAUUAGAGAGAAGGGAAGCAGUGAACAUUUACCGUCAGAACUAGGUGGUCUGUCAGCAGUACAGCUGGAAAAGAAAAUAGAAGAUUGGGUGCAAGAAAAGACAGGAAGCAAGAUUGAAUUCGAAUCAUCUGUGGCCAUUAACUUUCUGAAAUCCUAUGGCAUAGUCCAGGAAACAGAUGACAAACUGUUUGUUAUACCUCUGAAAACAGCCACAAAAACUCUCCCUUACAGUUCUCAGCACUGGAUGGAUGAAGUGGAGGAGGAGAUAGAGGGGUACGACAGGGAGGGGAAACCAGAAACGGAUGAACAGUAUAAAAAAGAAGCGAAGAAGGAAAAGCUUAUAGGCUGGCAAUAGUUUGACUGUAACAGUUCUUAUCUCUAACUUUUAUUUCAAUGUGUUCUUGUAAAAAAAUUGGCUGGAUUUGAUGGGGGGAAAUAGGAGAACGUUCAUAGUUGCCAAUUAAUAUUCAGGAGAGUUUGACAGCCACUUUUCUGAAAGUUCAGCAAAUUAUUUCAGAAAUUCAUAGCGACUUUUUAAAAAUGUUUCUUUCUGGUUGCAUGAUAUUUUAACUACCAGUGUCAACCUGAUUUCUGUUCCUUUUCAGACAGAGAAAAAUUUUCCUUUUGUUAUUAUUUGUAAGGUUUAAGGGUUUUUGAAUGAAAAGAGUUCAAAUAGACUUAAAUAGUAGAAAGAGUUAGAGGAAGGAGGUUUGGGUAGAUAUUUGUUAAUAAUGACCUCAUCAUGGACCACACUGAACUAGCAAUGGAAAGAUGUCCAUUUCCAUAAUUUCAUUUUGUCUUGAACAUUUUUCUUACAUUUUUCAUGGCCGAAAAAUGUUGUUUUUUGACUGAUUUUAAUCAGUCAAAAAAAAUGCCACUUAUUGCUGGCACUAUGAAUGAUUGAUUCAAGAAGAAAAUUGAUAGAAAGAAUAUGCUGAAAAAUGCAUGUACCUUUACCAAUUUAUAACAAAUAAAUGAAUAUUGGAGAUUCAUUUCAGUACUUACAAUGCAGGUAAAGGUUUAUAUUGUGGCCAAAUAUUGGCCAAAAAUUCUUUUUCAGCAUUUUCCCCUUUUAUUGUGUAUUUGUAAUAUACCUACAUGAAAGCAAGUGAAUUAUUUGAAAGAAUGUGUAAUGUUGUGGAAUGUUUCACAAUUUAUACAGUUAUUGGAGCAUGUUGUGUUUUGUACUGUUGAUGAACCUAUUGUGUAGGCAAUUUAUUUUAUUGCGCCUUAUUAGGCUAAUUUGUUGUGCGCUAGGGUAAAGUAGUAUCAUUGUGCUAAUGAAACGCCAUAGCAUGUGUUUGUGAUAUGAAAAAUGAAAUUUCCGAAACUGUUCAAGGAUUUGUGAAAAAUCGUGGCCAUGUCUGGCAUUUGCCAACUUUUCCGUUUUCCACCUAGGUAAAAAAAUAGAGUGAAAUCUCUUUAUGACAUAUUUGUUUACAUUGUCUUGAAUGUAUUUGAGGUCUGUGAACCCGUCUUUACAUAUCCCGAAAAUUCGUGCACAACAUGGUUUCAAAGUCAUUGCAUUUACUGAGUGUAAAUUGUAUCGA